CAUGUGUACAAGCUCGUAAUGAGGGACGUGAUCUUGCUUGUGAGGGUAAUGAAAUUAUCCGUGAGGCUAGCAGAUGGAGAGACGGAAGAAUGGGAGCCGCUGCGCAUGCCAAGCUGAGACUUGCCAUCGGUUAUGUCAAAGACCAUGCUUCAGUUGGCAAAGCCGUAUUAAACAAGAAAAGUGGGUUGUCCGAGAUUGAAAUUGCUAUAAUUCGUGCGACUCGUCAUGAUAAUAGUCCAGUAGAUGACAAGUACAUGCACGAGAUCCUCUUUCUUGUCUCAAACUCGCCGGAUUCAACUUUGUUUCUUGCCGAACGGAUUUCUCAACGCCUCAAUAGGACGAGAGACUGCCAUGUAGCGCUCAAGGCACUCUUGUUGACCCACCGUCUCCUUCGUGGAGGCAACCAUGGCUUCGAGCGUCAGCUGCGUAGCGCACACUUUUCGGGCCAUCUCCAGAUGAGUCCUGGCCGGUCGUUCACGACAAGCUUCGAUCCCCUGGUUUGUUUUCUUCACAAGUAUGCAGCUUAUCUCAAUGAAAGAAUGGGAUGGAUCAUAAACCCCGGUGGGAAGCUCGAACCCGUUAUGUCUCCAGGAUUGGAUUUCGGCUGUUACAGAGAAAGAUCACUAGAAUUGGUAUUUCACAGAUUACCAAAGUGUCAAUUAUUUAUCGACAAGGUCCUGGAAUGUUCACCUUAUGAUGAUUUUCCCUCAGAUAGGCUGGCCCAAGCAGCUAUGUGCAACACUUUGAAAGAGAGCUUUCAAGUUUACACUGCGUUCCGUGAAGGCGUGACGGCUCUCGUGAACAUGUUCUUCGACUUGACCCUACCUGCGAGAGUCAUAGCUUGUGACAUACUCAAAAGGGCAUCUCAGCAGAGCGGAAAGCUUGAAGAAUUGUAUGGAAAAUGCAAGCGGACAAUAAGAAUCAGGAACUUGGAGUACCCUUCGGUCGAAGUCACGACCAUGGAUCAUGUCAAGGCAUUGGAAGAAUGCUUAAGCAAUAUCCCCACCGGAGUUUGCAACUCUCUAAAGAGCACGUCGAUUUCCAAACGACUUCUGCAUUCGGGUAUGGAUAAAUUAGACGAGGUGACGGUGAAGAUGGAGUGGAAAGAAAGGGAGGAAGCUAGGCUGAAAAAGGGUCUUAGUUAUUCAUCUGCUACUUUUGUUUCCUGGACGAUGGAGACAAAAAUAAGCAAUGUAUGGGUGGUGUUUGAAGAUGAAGAUAGUAUGGACUCAUCUUGAGAUUAAUGA